AUGGACGCCUUCGAGUACACAGCGAACCCCGGCCGAGUCGUCUUCGGCAGCGGCACUCUUCAGAAACUCCCCGACGAGAUCGCCCGUCUGGACAAGAAGGCUCCCUUGAUCCUGUCUACACCACAGCAAGUCAGCCAUGCCGAGCGCGUCAAGGAAGUCCUAGGGGGCCAUGUCGCUGGUAUCUUCACAGAAGCUACUAUGCACACUCCUACCCACAUCACGGAUAAGGCUGUCGAGUAUGCGAAGGCGCAGAACGCUGAUCUGGUUGUCUCAAUCGGUGGUGGAAGCACUAUUGGGCUGGGAAAGGCGAUCAGUAUCCGCACUGGUCUCUACCACAUCUGUAUCCCGACUACGUACGCUGGCAGUGAGAUGACUCCGAUCCUGGGCGAGACUGCCGAUGGAUUGAAGAAGACUCGCUCCGAUCCGAAGAUUCUCCCUGGGACUGUCAUCUACGAUGUUGACCUUACCAUGACCCUGCCGUCUGCUAUGAGCGCGACGAGCGGUGUGAAUGCGAUUGCUCACGCGGUCGAGGCACUCUACGCCCGCAACACCAACCCCGUCAUCAACCUGAUGGCCCUCGAGGGUACGCGCGCGCUGGCCUCCGCACUCCCCGACAUCGUCGAGAAUCCCUCCUCACAAUCCGCGCGCUCGCUAGCCCUGUACGGCGCAUGGCUUUGCGGAACCUGCCUCGGAAGCGUGGGCAUGUCUAUUCACCACAAGCUCUGCCAUACCCUUGGCGGCAGCUUCAAUCUUCCCCAUGCGGAAACUCACACGGCUGUCUUGCCGCACGCAAUCUCAUACAACGCGCCCAAUAUCCCGGAGGCGAUGAAGAAGCUGGCGGAAGUGCUCCCGGAGAGCAACGGAGAUGCAAUCCACGGAUUAAACGUCUUGCUCGAGAAAUUGAAGGUCAAGCGUGGUGUCAAGGACUUUGGUAUGAAGGAGGAGGAUAUCGACAAGGCGGCUGAUAUCGCUGUUGGCAACCCUUACUGGAAUCCAAGAGAGAUCCAGCGGGAACCGAUUCGCGAGUUGAUUCGGCGAGUAUGGGCCGGUGAGCCGGCGAAGGCUAAUCUGUAG